UCGGUUUUUCUGCUCCUUUAUUUAACAACAACAACAAAAAAAAUUAUAGGAGAAAGGAGAAAGAGAUGGGCAGUUUUGAUGGCUGAGUAGCCGAAAUUUUUGCCGUCCGAUUUGACUUCAGGACACUGCUGAUUUAAAACGUCGUUUAUUAAAGGCCCACAUUCUGCUAAACUUCAAGCUUCGACUCAAACCUUGUGAACUGUCAGAGAGAAAGAGAGCAGAAACAGGCCUUAUUAAUAAGCAGUCGAUGAUAAAUUACUCUGGAAAUUACACAAGCCUUUAAAAAUUCAACAUAACCAAAUGUUAAGCUGUUUUGGAAAGAAGUAAGGUUUAGAAUUCUCCAUGUUAACCAUGAGUGUGACACUCUCCCCACUGAGGUCACAGGACCUGGAUCCCAUGGCUACUGAUGCUUCACCCAUGGCCAUCAACAUGACACCCACUGUGGAGCCAGGAGAGGGAGAAGAGGCCAUGAAGGAUGUAGAUGCUGACCAACAGUAUGAAAAGCCACCCCCGCUCCAUACAGGGGCUGACUGGAAGAUUGUCCUUCAUUUGCCUGAAAUUGAGACCUGGCUCCGAAUGACCUCUGAGAGGGUCCGGGACCUAACCUACUCAGUCCAACAGGACUCAGACAGCAAACAUGUGGAUGUGCAUCUAGUUCAACUAAAGGAUAUUUGUGAAGAUAUUUCUGACCAUGUUGAGCAAAUCCACGCCCUCCUUGAAACAGAGUUUUCUCUCAAACUGCUGUCUUACUCUGUCAAUGUGAUCGUGGACAUCCACACAGUACAGCUCCUCUGGCACCAGCUUCGAGUCUCUGUGUUAGUUCUGAGAGAGCGCAUUCUGCAGGGAUUGCAGGAUGCUAAUGGCAACUACACCAGGCAGACUGACAUUCUACAAGCUUUCUCUGAAGAGACCAAGGAGGGCCGGCUUGAUUCUCUAACAGAAGUGGACGACUCAGGACAGUUAACCAUCAAAUGCUCACAAAAUUACUUGUCGCUGGAUUGUGGUAUUACUGCAUUUGAACUGUCUGACUAUAGUCCAAGUGAAGAUUUGCUUGGUGGCCUGGGUGACAUGACCUCUAGCCAGGUCAAAACCAAACCCUUUGACUCCUGGAGCUAUAGUGAAAUGGAAAAGGAGUUCCCUGAGAUUAUCCGAAGUGUUGGGUUACUUACAGUGGCUGCUGACCCCAUCCCUUCCAACUGCAGUGAAGCAGUCAGUGAGGAGGCAUCUCAAGUAGCUCCCUCAGCAGAGGACAAAGGUGGAGAUGAGGAAAACAGCACUUCUACAGCCGAAGAACAGGCAGGUUUAACAUCAGGGAUGUCGUCUUCAGGGGAAGCUGUAGUACAUACUGUUCAACCCUCUUCUGAGACUGUGAAGAAAGAAUCCAAUUCCUAUCUACAUCUUGAUACAAAGAGCCAACAGCCUAUUCCUUGUGAAAAUAUAACUCCCAAGCGAUCCAUAAGGGAUUGCUUUAAUUAUAAUGAGGACUCUCCUACACAGCCCACAUUACCAAAAAGAGGUCUUUUCCUUAAAGAGGAAACAUUUAGGAAUGAUCUGAAAGGCAAAGAAGGCAAGAAGCAGAUGGUUGAUCUUAAGCCUGAGAUGAGCAGAAGCACCCCUUCCCUAGUAGACCCUCCUGAUCGAUCUAAGCUUUGCCUGGCAGUGCAGUCUUCCUACCCCAACAGCCCUUCUGCUGCCAGCCAGUCCUAUGAAUGUUUAUACAAGGUGGGUGUUGCGAAUCUUGAAAACAUAAUAAAAAGUCACAUUAAAGAAAUCUCUUCUAGUCUGGGAAGGCUUCAUGACUGCCAUAAAGAGAAACCUCGAUUUACAAAGCCACACAAGACCUCAGAAGGGGUACCUCCCUGCAGAAUACCCAAACGGGGAACUAGUCCCGGCAAGCAAACUGAAAACACUAAGAGCUCAGUAGUGUUGAAUGGAACACCUUCUUCUACUUCCAAGGUCAUAGAGGGGCAAGAAACAGAUGUUGCUUCUACAUCCUCAGUCGAACCAUGUAAUCAGAGAAGUUGGAAUGCCAAAUUGCCAAUACAAUCAGAAACGUCCAGUUCACCACCUUUUACUCAGAGCAGUGAAUCCUCUGUUGACUCGGACAACAUCAUGUCUCCAAUACCCCUUCUUGCAAAACACAAAAACAAAAAAGGUGGCUCUUCAUCCCCAAGUCACAUCACCAAGAAUGGCCAGGUUGUGGAGGCCUGGUAUGGCUCCGAUGAAUACUUAGCACUGCCUUCUCACCUUAAGCAGACAGAAGUGUUAGCUUUGAAAUUGGAAAAUCUAACAAAGCUUCUGCCUCAGAAACCCAAAGCAGAAAGUAUUCAGGAUAUUGAUGACUGGGAACUGUCUGAAAUGAAUUCAGAUUCUGAGGUCUAUCCAGUGUACCAUGUGAAGAAGAAGCAGACAAGGCUAGGCAGAGUGUCUCCCAGCUCAUCCAGUGACAUAGCCUCUUCCCUGGGGGAGAGCAUUGAAUCUGGACCCCUGAGUGACAUUGUUUCUGAUGAGGAAUUGUGUAUGCCUCACUCUGUCAUGAAAAAAUAUAUUGAUGAGAAAUCAGAGACAGCUUCAUCCUCUGAGAAGAAUGAGAGCCAUUCUGCUGCAAAAUCAGCUUUAAUUCAGAAAUUAAUGGAAGACAUUCAACACCAAGACAAUUAUGAAGCCAUAUGGGAAAAAAUAGAGGGGUUUGUAAACAAGCUGGAUGAAUUCAUUCAAUGGUUAAAUGAAGCCAUGGAAACCACUGAAAAUUGGACUCCCCCCAAGGCAGAGACCGACGGCCUUAAACUCUACCUGGAGACGCACUUGAGUUUUAAGUUGAAUGUUGAUAGUCACUGUGCUCUCAAGGAAGCUGUGGAGGAAGAAGGACAUCAACUUCUGGAGCUUAUUGCAUCUCACAAAGCAGGGCUGAAGGACAUGCUGCAGAUGAUUGCGAGUCAAUGGAAGGAGCUGCACAGGCAAAUCAAACGGCAGCACAGCUGGAUUCUCAGAGCUCUGGAUACCAUCAAAGCCGAGAUACUGGCUACUGAUGUGUCUGUGGAGGAUGAGGAAGGGACUGGAAGCCCCAAGACCGAGGUGCAGCUCUGCUACCUGGAAGCACAGAGGGAUGCUGUCGAGCAGAUGUCCCUCAAGCUGUACACUGAGCAGUACGCCAGCAGCAGCAAGCGGAAAGAAGAGUUUGCUGAUAUGUCAAAAGUUCACUCAGUAGGAAGCAACGGGCUUCUGGACUUUGAUUCAGACUAUCAGGAGCUCUGGGAUUGGCUGAUUGACAUGGAGUCCCUCGUGAUGGACAGCCAUGACCUGAUGAUGUCAGAGGAGCAGCAGCAGCAUCUUUACAAGCGAUACAGUGUGGAAAUGUCCAUCAGACACCUGAAAAAGACAGAGCUGCUUAGUAAGGUUGAAGCUUUGAAGAAAGGUGGCGUUUUACUACCAAACGAUCUCCUUGAAAAAGUGGAUUCAAUUAAUGAAAAAUGGGAACUGCUUGGGAAAACUCUAAGAGAGAAAAUACAAGACACAACGGCAGGGUACAAUGGGUCUGGUCCACGAGACCUUCUCUCUCCUGAAAGCGGAAGUCUGGUAAGGCAGCUGGAGGUCAGGAUCAAAGAACUGAAGGGGUGGCUGAGAGACACAGAGCUUUUCAUCUUCAAUUCCUGUCUGAGACAAGAAAAGGAAGGAACAAUGAGUGCUGAGAAACAACUGCAAUACUUUAAGUCUCUCUGUCGUGAAAUCAAGCAGCGACGCAGAGGCGUGGCCUCCAUCCUUCGGUUGUGCCAGCAUCUUCUGGAUGACCGAGAAACCUGCAAUCUGAGCGCAGACCACCAGCCGAUGCAGUUGAUCAUCGUAAAUCUUGAAAGAAGGUGGGAGGCCAUUGUCAUGCAAGCUGUCCAGUGGCAAACACGGCUACAAAAGAAAAUGGGAAGAGAAUCUGAGACCCUGAAUGUGAUUGAUCCUGGCUUAAUGGACCUAAAUGGGAUGAGUGAAGAUGCCUUGGAAUGGGAUGAAACAGAUAUAAGUAACAACUUAAUUAGUUUGAAUGAACAACCAAAUGACCUCGAUCAAGAACCCCAACCCACCAUGCCUUCCUUGAAGUGUGAAGAGACAAGUAAUGAGGAUCCCGGUUAUGAGGAGGGGGCAGGAGACCAUGGGGCCUCUCAGUAUCCCUCACAUAUCACUGCACCCUCAAGUCCACAUAUUUACCAAGUGUACAGCCUCCACAACAUUGAACUCUGUGAGGACAACCACCUACCUUUUCUGAAAAACAAUCCAAACUUUACUAGCAUGACACAGCCUAGUGUUUUGACAAAGAGUCUUAGUAAAGACUCUUCAUUUUCAUCUACCAAAUCUUUGCCAGAUAUUUUAGGAGGUCCCAAUUUGGUAAAGCCUUGCCCAUGCCACAGUGGAGACACAAGCCAGAAUUCUGGCAGUGAGAGUGGAAUCGUCAGUGAAGGAGACACUGAAAUGACUACCAACUCUGAAAUGUGCUUGCUCAGUGUGGUGGAUGGGUCCCCACAUAACCCUGAAACUGAACAUCUGGACUCACAAGUGAGAGAUGCAGUUAAUGUGUUAAAGCAAAAAUUUAAAGAUGAGGAAGAAUGCGUUAAGCUUCCAAAUAGUUCUCAGUCAUCCAUUUCACCAGUGGGUUGUGUAAAUGCAAAAGUUGGAGAUUUAAACAGUGUUACCAAACAUACCUCUGAUUGUUUGGGAGAAGAAUUACAAGGAAAACAUGGUGUGUUUACAUUUUAUGAUUACUCAUACCUCCAAGGCUCAAAACUCAAAUUACCAAUGAUAAUGAAACAGUCACAGAGUGAAAAGUCACAUGUGGAGGAUCCCCUUCUCUGUAGUUUUUAUUUUGAUAAAAAAUCCUGCAAAUCUAAACACCAGGCUUCAGAGUUACAAGCAGAUGCAUCACCCCAUGAAAAGGUUUUGGCAAGUGCAUCCCAUGAAAUGGAUCACAACUCAUAUAAGAGUGGCGAUAUAGAAAAGGCAUUCACUGGCAUUCAGAAUGCCAAACAAUUCUCCCUUUUAUCUCGUAGUUCUUCUAUUGAGUCUCUUUCACCAGGUGGUGAUUUAUUUGGACUGGGUAUCUUUAAAAAUGGCAGUGACAGUCUCCAGCGCAGUACUUCUUUAGAAAGUUGGUUGACAUCCUAUAAAAGCAAUGAAGACCUUUUCAGCUGUCACAGCUCUGGAAACAUAAGUGUGAGCAGUGGCUCAGUUGGUGAACUGAGUAAAAGAACAUUAGAUCUUCUAAAUCGUUUGGAGAAUAUCCAGAGUCCCUCAGAGCAAAAGAUAAAGCGAAGUGUUUCUGAUAUCACUCUUCAAAGCAGCUCCCAAAAGAUGUCCUAUACUGGCCAAAUGUCCCUGGACAUAGCAUCGUCUAUCAAUGAAGACUCAGCAGCAUCUCUCACAGAACUUAGCAGCAGUGAUGAGCUCUCUCUUUGCUCAGAGGACAUUGUGUUACACAAGAACAAGAUCCCAGAAUCAAAUGCAUCUUUUAGGAAGCGCCUUAAUCGCUCUGUGGCCGAUGAAAGUGAUGUCAAUGUCAGCAUGAUUGUUAAUGUCUCAUGCACCUCGGCUUGCACUGAUGAUGAAGAUGACAGUGACCUUCUCUCUAGCUCUACGCUCACCUUGACUGAAGAAGAGCUGUGCAUCAAAGAUGAGGACGAUGACUCCAGCAUUGCAACAGAUGAUGAGAUUUAUGAAGAAUGUAACCUGAUGUCAGGACUGGACUACAUAAAGAAUGAGUUGCAGACCUGGAUUAGGCCAAAACUGUCCUUGACGAGAGAUAAGAAACGGUGCAAUCUCAGUGAAGAAAUAAAAGGCAAUGAAGAUGUAAGCAGUAGUGAGAUGACCAAUCCCUCUGAUACCCUGAAUAUUGAGACCCUCCUAAACGACUCCAUAAAAUGCCUCUCUGAAAAUAAUGGAAAUAGUAAGAAUUCACCCCAUACCCAUGAGUUAGGAACAAAGAGUGAAAACAAGAAAAAUAUUUCCAAAGUUAAUAAAGAUCCGCAUGUGGCAGAUAUGGAAAAUGGCAAUAUUGAAAGUAUUCCAGAAAGGCCAAAAGAGAAGCUGAGUAGAAUUUCAAAGGCAUCAGAGCAUCUUAGUUCAAGUGGGAAGAAGAUUUCAGAAAGUGAGCAUUGUAAGUAUAAGGAAUCUAUGGAUGUUUCAGAUGAUUCAAAUAUUACUGGAAAGGACUUUGGUCCUCCAAAUGUUAGGCAUCUUCCAAAGGACUGUGCAAAUCACCACCCUUUUGAAAACCAGAGGGACAGUUGCACUCCCAUUGAGAAGUCUUUCCCAGAACUGGCUUUAGAAAGCAGAGUUAACAACAGACAAGACUGUGAUGUAGUGGGAUCUAAUGAUACACCAAGUGCAGAUGAAAAUUCUGCUGGUCGCUGCCCAGCACUUGACCAAAAUGAAACAAAAGAAACGGCUGCUGUCAGUAACAGUGCUUCCUGUUGCAACUGUAAGUCAGAUGCUUCCCAUCAGAAGCAUGCUGAAGAUUGUUCUGUCCACGACUUCGUUAAGGAAAUUAUUGACAUGGCCUCAACAGCUCUAAAAAGUAAAUCUCAACCUGAAAAUGAAGUGGCUGCUCCCACUUCAUUAACUCAGAUCAAGGAGAAAGUAUUAGAACAUUCUCACCGUCCCAUCCAUUUGAGAAAAGGAGACUUUUAUUCCUACUUGUCCCUUUCAUCUCAUGACAGUGAUUGUGGGGAGGUCACCAAUUACAUAGAAGAGAAAAGCAAUACUCCAUUGCUACCAGACACAAUCGACUCUGGCUUAGAUGAAAAGGAAGACAUUGAAUGUUUCUUUGAGGCCUGUGUUGAGGAUGACCCUAAUGCCGAGGAGCCCUGUUUCUCUAGUGCUCCUCUGGAAGAAUCUGCAGUCACUGAGGAAGCUGAAAUGCCACCCCAAGCAGCGCCAAGCUCUUCUAAAUUCAGUGACAGUUCUCUAUUAGUUGAUGAUACAGACAUGGUGGCUCUUUCAAUACCUCCCACUCAGAGAGAAGCUUACAUUAGAAAGGUAGUAGAUGAUGUGCCCCAAACUGUCAGUGGCCAUGCAGAAAACUCAGAAUUUAUCCCUUCAAAGGUGACUUGUGAAAAGGAGCAUUCAGGAAAGCCAGGUGAACCAGGAGUGCCAGAGGAACACAAUGCUGCUUCAGCCAAAUCCAAGGUCCGGGACCUGUCCUUGAAGGCAAAUCAGCCAAAAGACAAAACUGCAUUGCAUCCCAGCCCCAAAUCUUUAACCUGUGAAGAAAAUCUUCCAGAACCACAUAGAAAUAUGCAUAGGUAGAAUGUAACUCCUCCCCAAGCAUGAAAAUCCUCUCAUCGAAAGAUAGUCUGGCUGCAACUCAGGGUUGGCUUCAUCCUCCUGCCCUGGGCUGGUCUCCGGUUUCAUCACGUCCUCACUGCCUUUUGUCACAUUGAUGUUCCCAAGAUGAAUCCUCCUUCGGAAUGCAGUUCAUCCACAGGAGCCUUGUGAUCUGGAUGUGUGCGCUGGUUCUCUUUAGGUGAUCGUCUUUGAAGUUCAGCAAAGCUGCUUGUCCUCCCGUGGAUUCCUGUCCCAAGCUACCUCUACCAUCCCUCUCUCUCCAGCGAGACCUUUCUGUUUGCCUCCUCCCCUGCCCAUCUCCUCUUUAAAGUUCUGCCAUUCACAAAGUUGAUGGUCCAUUAAACAUACCUGUCUGGAAUGAGGCCCCUACCAGUAUUUGACCAAUUCCAUGUUUAAAUCUGGAUUUUUCUAUGGUAUGUUGCCUAUGUUUAUUGAAAGAGGCUUACCUGAAAAACUAAUAUUUGAUUUGAUUGCAGCACAGACAAGAAACAUUGAUCCUUUCAAAAUUGAGUAACUCUCAAAGCUGCCAUUCUGUUUAUUUAAUUUUCAUAAUCUAUACAGCAUUUCGAGAAAUAACUAUAAUAGUGUGGUAUAUUAUAAAUUGGUGACAUUCUACUAUUAAAUUAUGUACCAGAUUUAUGUACAAUAUUUUUGUUUUUUAUGCUUCUUGAAGUGGUAAUGAAAGAAUUUUGUCUUUUUUUUAAGUGUGCCUUGCUGUAUUUCUUAUACCAUUUAUUAAAAAGCUGCUUUCAUGGUAAAAUUAUGUUGGUUUGAAAGGAGGAAAUAGCAAGGUUAAGAUGUGUGAAUAAUUUCUGUAUAUAUGUAUAACCAAGUACAAACAUUGAUGUAUAAUGACAGUACAAAUGCUUUCAUGUUUGUGAUGUCUAGUGAUGUGGAAAAUAUAAGCCUUAAAUCCAUUAGAUUGCAUGAUAAUUAAAAUUGGCAUAAUAAAAAGUCUAUUGGGGGAAAAGGAAAAUUAGUGAUCUCUUCUACCUGUGUCUUUACCAAAUUGUCACAUCUGGUUCUAUGAAAAAAUGAUGUAGCAGCUUCCAAAAUACCCGUAUUGUAUAAGAAGCUUAAAAAUAAACUACAGACUAGACAUAAACCUUUAUUUAUAAUUUUCAAAAGUUUUCUGGCCUCUAGAGAGAUCUUGGAACAGCAAAUGACAAAAGGCCAGUUCUCCUAAAAUAAUUUAAAGUUAUACUAGACUUUUUAUUUCUACUUUUUAAUGGUUUAAUGUUAGAUUUCAGGAUAUCUUGUAUGUCUUAAUUUAUUUUAAAUAAUUAUUUUGAACAAGCUUGAGAAAAAGAUGGUAUGAAAGUACAGAAAUUUUACUAUUAUUUUUAUUUAGACCAUAGAUUUCAGGUAUAUUUAUUUUGUGUAAAAGAAAUCAGCAGAGAAAUAUUACAUUUGGUCUUCACUGACUCUUGAUAAAUACAGCUUUUACCUUAUAAUUCCUACUAAAGUGCCUGACACACAGUAGGUAUUCAAUAAAAAUUUGCUAAAAGGUAUUGAAUCAAAUAACUUGGAUGAUAUAUAUCUCAUCUUGAGAAACCUCUACUAAAACAUGAACAUGACUAGAAGAAGAUAUGAUGCAAUAUAAAAUCGCACACAGUGUAUAAUCAAUUUCUAUCAGAUUUCAAAAAAGGAAAGAGUGUUAGGGAUUCAUGUGCCACAGAGAUGACAAUCAUUCAUUCAUCUGCCAUCUUUUACCUGCAAAGCACUAUGCUAGAUUCAGGGAAUGCAAUGAAGAACAAAGGCCCUACCCUCCAAAGGAGUGCCUACAUUAGGGAUGAAGUGAGCAUGCGUAUGGCGCGCAGGCAUUGUCUUAGGGAUGGAGAAGAGCAAGUAGAGUGGAAAGAAGAGCCAAGAGAGGAACAGCAGAGAGGGACAAGGAAGAAGAAUGAGAGUUAGAAGAGAACAGAGCGUUAGACAAAAUAGUAGCAGAGCUUUAUUACAAGGGUAAUAAGAAAAGAUCAAUCGGGAGGACUUACUGAAGGCUCUUUUGAAAAGCUAAAUUGGAACUUUUGUGUGUGGGUGGUUAGGUAGUAAGGAAGCCUUGUAGAGUCUUUGUUUUGCACCUAAUUCGAUUUGUAAUUAGAACUUUAUUAGCACUGCACCAAGAACAUUUAAACACUGCUUACCUAAAAUCCUACCACUUCAAUAUUGUUUGUAUUUUUAUGCCCAUACUAAUCUUUUUCAUAUAUAUAUUUCUAAAUGGGUGACUCAUUCUAGAUUUUUGAAUAGUUAGUAAUUUGUUCUGAAGGGGUUGUAGCAGACAUCUAGUUGCAGUGUUCCAGAGGCUUUGUAAGAGAUUAAGGAUAAUUGUCUAGUUCAGAAGCAGCUAUAGAAAAUAAGCUAGGCUUGAGACACUAAUAGAGUAUACAGAAAGAGUGAUCUGGCAUGUAGAGAAAAAAUAAAUCCUAGUCUUUGAACUACCUAAGAGUAUUUUGGACUACUGUUUGGACAUGGUAUUAUUUUGCCUUCUAAAAUAACAUAAAUUUUUCUUGGAUAGUAACUAAUGUCAAGUCUUCACCUAUUGGUAAAAAACAUUUACAGAAUGAAUUGACCACAAUGUUCUGUUUAU